UCAAAUCUUCACACUUUGGUUAUCACCUGCUUCAACAUGGUUGCCAUCAAGUUCGCCCUCGGUCUCGCCCUUUUGGUUGCUAGUGCCCUCGGAGGUCAUGUAGGAUUCCAUGGAGGACAUGGAGGCUUUGGCUAUGGACAUGGAGGUUUUGGACACGGUGGAUUCGGAGGCUUUGGUCAUGGACAUGGCGGGAUUGGUCUCGGACAUGGAGGCUUUGGUCUCGGACACGGAGGCUUAGGACAUGGACACGGAGGCUUCGGUCACGGAUAUGGAGCUAGUUCCGGCGUAGGUUUCAGUAACUUCAACCUGGGUCAUCACGGUUCCUUGGGAGGUUUCGGACACGGAGGUCAUGGAGGAUUUGGUGGAUUCUCAGGCUUUACGUCAAUGAAAGAUUUCCUCACUAUUUACAAAAGCUGAUAGAUGCUGGAUUAGCAAGAAAGCUUUGUCUCUCUAUUGGAACGUUAACCAUUUCCUAUUUAUUACAAUCUUUUCGCUCUCUCAUUCUAUUCCUAAUAGCAAACACUGUCUAAGAUUAUUUGAAAUUAAACUGAGUACUGAUUCUUGUAAAUGAUCCCAUGUUUAACUUACUCUGGAAGAAAAAUAAAGGCUUGGUCACCAGUU